AUGCCCUCCAACGACUUUGUCCGAACUGUAUCUCGCAACUUCCGAGUACUUGUGAUCGGUGGCUCUUAUGGCGGUCUAUCCGCUGCAUUAGCCCUCAUUGAUCUUUCACAGGGUCGCCUCCCGCGUUUCAACUACGAUCCUGAUGCCAAAGCUCCUACGCAUCGCAUUCCAAUACAGAUAACCGUAGUCGAUAAGCGAGAUGGCUAUUUUCAUCUAAUAGGAUCCCCAAAGGCUCUGGCCUGUGAGAAAUUCGCGUCGGAGGCAUGGACUCGUUUCCAAGAUAUUCCCGGGCUCAAGUCUCCAGAUCUCGGCUUUAUCCAGGGAAGCGUCAGUUCGGUUGAUUUCAAUGCGAAAGUCGCCCAUAUUGUCGAUACAGAGACCAGCAGCAACCGCACGGAGCCCUAUGACUAUUUGAUUGCAGGCUCGGGGCUACGUCGGUCUUUCCCCACUGUUCCCCAAUCCUUGCGGCGAGAUGAGUUCCUUAAAGAAGCCAGAGAACAUAUGGCGAAUGUGAAGCAAGCCCAUGAUGGCAUCAUUGUCGUCGGUGGCGGCGCUGUGGGCGUGGAGAUGGCUGCCGAAUUGAAGAUCCUUAACCCAGCAACAAAGGUCACCUUGAUCCACUCUCGAAAACGCUUGUUAUCUUCGGAGCCGUUACCCGAUGACUUUGCCGAGCGGGUAGUUUCUAUACUGCGCGAUACAGGAGUCGAGGUCAUCCUAGGACAACGCGUUAUCGAUACGACCGCUGUGGACACGAAAAACGGGGCACGGGUCUGGAACCUCACGCUCAGCGAUGGCCAACAACUCGAAACUAGCCAUGUUCUAAAUGCCAUCUCUCAAAGCAUUCCAACAUCGACAUACCUGCCGAAAGAGGCAUUGAAUGAGGAGGGAUACAUUAAAGUGCACCGCUCACUACAAUUCUCCGGUGCUAUCCCUAACGCAGAGCAUCAUUGGGCAGUAGGAGACCUCACUGCGUGGGAAGGUAUCAAGCGCUGUGGUGGUGCAAUGCAUAUGGGCCAUCACGCGGCGAUCAAUAUCCAUCAGCACAUGAUGGCAGAGUGCACAGGUGUAAAGCCGGACUAUCAGACCCUGCAGCCUUUCCCGUCUGUGAUGGGCCUAGCUCUAGGUAAAAAGGCCGUCAGUUAUACUCCGAGCGAGGGUACCCGCGAGGGCGAAGACCUGAUGAAGACCUUGUUUGGCAAAGACAUGGGACAUACGAGUAAAUCGUAUCUCACCUCAUCCAUAUCCACAAUGGCACCAUUCGGCACUAUCUACUCUUAUCAGCCCAGUCCUCGGGUCAUGAAGGCUGCGGCCAACCUGAAUGGCCUGGAGCUGGCGGUUCCGGAAUUCGUCUUCGGAAAGACCAACCGAAGCCCGGAUUUCCUGUCCAAGUUCCCUUUGGGUAAGGUGCCCGCCUUUGAGGCUGCGGAUGGAACAACCCUGUUCGAGUCGGACGCCAUCACCCAAUACAUUGCCGAGAGCGGCCCGGCCGCCGAUCAGCUCCUUGGAGCUACCUCCGCCGAGCGCGCCGCCAUCCGCCAGUGGAUCUGCUUUGCACAGGGUGAGAUUCUGGACCCUGUGACGGAGCUGGCGCUGUGGCGUCUCGGUAUCCGCCCCUACGAUGAGAAAGUCGAGGAGAGCAGCCUCGCGCGUCUGGAACGCUCGCUAGCGUGUCUCGAGACUCACCUCAAGAGCCGCACUUGGUUCGUGAGCAACGAAAAGUUCAGCUUGGCUGAUAUUACUGUUGCCUCUACCCUGGUCUGGGGUUUCUCCAUGGCUAUCGAUGCUGAGAUGCGCCCAAAGUUCCCCUCGGUUGUCACCUGGUACGAGCGCAUCCUCGAGGCCAAGGGCGUCAAGGAGGCCUUUGGUGAGAAGGAAUACAUCGAGAAGCGUCAGGUUCCCCAAGCUUGA